CUUGAUGAUUCAGACUAAGAGAUUUUGGUUGGUCAUGGGUCGGAAGGAGAUCCAAUUAGAGCCGACAUUCCAAAGAAUGGAAGUGCGGUGGACGGCAGAUUCGUGUAACAUGGUGGGUUAAACUGGGGGAUCAAAUGAUAAGAAAAGUUACAGAAUCCGAGUUCAUAUUCGGUGAUUCUAACUUGUAUGACUGCAAAGAAGAUAUGGGUGAAUUGGAGGUGCCAAGUUCAUCAUCAACGCAGAUAAUUGAUGGUGAUGAUGUGCGUGCACUACAAACCUUCAAAUCGGCUCUCAGGGACCUAAAUCAGGUCAAUCUAAAUACAAUUCAUAAAGUCCCAACAGUGAACACACUUGCUGAACUUUUAGAGUGGGGACACGAUAGGAAACGUAAUUUGUUCCCUGAUGAAGAGAUGAUUCUGUUCAAAACUACAAUUGAGAUGGUUGAUGUUCGAAUAAGGAAUGAGUGGUACCUGAUCACGUGCACAAUGGCCUGUGUAGGAAGGGCCUAA